AUGUCGCCACGUUCUCUUUCUUGGAGACACACCGAACCUCCUCAAUGCCCACUCAACAGCCACUAUGAGCCGUGCGCCAAUGCCUGUCCAUCCACCUGCAAGAACCCAAAUGCUCCAGCCACAUGCGACCUGCCAUGCACAGAAGCCUGUGUGUGCGACUCCGGGUUCUUCCUCUACAAUGGCACCUGUGUGCCCAGCCAUCAGUGUGGGUGCUGGCACCAGGGGAAGCACUACCCAGUGGGCUCCAGCUUUUGGACCGAUGACACCUGUUCCACCAAAUGCAGCUGCCCCAGUCAAGGUGGCCAGCUCACCUGCUCUGCUGAUUCCUGCCCUAAACAUUAUUACUGCGGAGUCCAAAACGGUGUCCCCAACUGCUACCCACAUACAUACGGGGUCUGCCGCGUCCACAACGACCCUCAUUACAACACCUUUGACAAACAGACGCACCACUUCAUGGGCACCUGCACCUACACCCUGGCCAAGGUCUGCGCCAAUGAGACGGGGCUGCCCUACUUUAACGUGGAGGCCAAGAACGAAAACCGUGGGAAUCCCUCCGUCUCUUACGUCCAGCGGGUCCUGGUGGAGGUUUACGGGCACCGGAUUGAGAUUCUCAAAGGACGCAAGGAUCAAGUGCUGGUGGACAAAGUGCUGACCACGCUUUCUGUGCGCAAGCUGAACAACGCCCUGAGGGUGGACAUCGAUGGACGCUACGUCACCCUGGAAACGGAUUUUGGGCUGAUUGUAUCUUACGACACAGAUCACUCGGUGGAGAUCAGGGUCCCCACCACCUUCUUCAACAAGACCUGCGGCAUGUGUGGGAACUUCAACAACCUCAGGCAGGAUGACAGCAUGAUGCCCAACGGAGAGCAAGCCCAGAACUCCAAUCAGCUGGGGAACAGUUGGCAGGUGCCCAACGCAGAGUACGACCCCCCUGAUUGUAUAGCCAAACCACCACCACCACCUUGUCCCUCAGAGCUAAAGGAUCUCUAUGAGACCGAGGCCUAUUGCGGACAGCUGACCAGUAGCCAGGGUCCGUUGGCAGCUUGCCAUUCUGCAAUCAACCCCAACAGCUUCUUCCAGAGUUGCGUCUUUGACCUGUGUGAACUGCAUGGGUCCCAGCAGGCCUUGUGUGGGGCUUUGGAGGCGUACGCUGAUGCCUGCCAAAGAUCUGGCGUGCAGCUCCCCGACUGGAGGAAUGCCACUUCCUGCAGGGUCCCUUGCCAUGAUCACAGCCAUUACAAUGUGUGCGCCACUUCCUGUCCCGCCACGUGUUCCAAUCCACUGGCUCCAUGGAACUGCACCAAGCCUUGCGUGGAGGAUUGCGAAUGCGACAAAGGCUUUGUCCUAAGCGGAGCUCAAUGUGUGCCGCAGGAGGAUUGCGGCUGUGUAGAUGGAGAUCAAUAUUAUGAGAAAGGAGAGACGUUCUGGCAGCCGGGUUGCGUCGGCCGAUGUCGCUGCGAAGAACACGGAAUCUUGUCCUGCUUCCCAGACAAUUGCCAAGAAGACCAAGUCUGCAAAGUACAGAACGGCAUCCUGAAUUGCCACAUUCAAGACAAGGACACCUGUCACAUCUACGGAGACCCUCACUAUGUCACCUUCGAUGGGCGACUCUAUCAUUUCCAGGGUGGGUGCAAUUACACCGCAGUGCAAAUCUGCAGCAACUCCUCCGAGCGCUUCUCAAUCACCACUCGCAACGAACAUCGCUCCAGCCCGCACUGGACGGCUCUCAACUCAGUGGCCAUCUCCCUGAGAAACAUCCACCUGGCUCUGAGGAAGAACAAAGAGGUCUACCUGAAUGGGGCCAAAGUCGACCUUCCUCUGAAGCUACAGUCAGACAUUCGGGUGGAGGAACAGCUUCCGUACGUGGUGGUUGACAGUCCCCUUGGCUUUCGGGUGAAGUUUGAUGGGGACCAGCAGCUGCUUAUCCAAGUGGACGAGAGAUACAGGGGACACCUCUGUGGGCUGUGUGGCACGUACUCGGGCAGCCAGCUGGACGAUUUCCAGCAGCCAGAUGGGCUGCUGGUGACCGACACCAACACAUUUGGCAACAGCUGGAGAGUGGAAGAUGACGGCUGGAGCUGCCCAGGACCACCCAUAGAUCCACCCCACUGCGACCCUGUGCAAGAGGCAAAUUUCGAAAGUCUGUGCAGAGUGAUUCUGUCCUCAAGUGGGCCUUUCAGCCCCUGCCAUGGCAGCCUCCCUCCUCAGCCGUACUUUGAAAGCUGCGUGUAUGACCAGUGUGCCACCGGGGGAGACGGAGGGCAGUUGUGCAGGAGCCUGGAGGCCUAUGCCGCUGCAUGCGAACUGAACGGGGCCGACCUCGGGGACUGGGAAAAGGACACCGCCUGUGAACCGACACCUAAACCCACGGAGCCCACUACUCCAGAACCAACACCUACACCCACGGAGCCCACUACUCCAGAACCAACACCUACACCCACGGAGCGCACUACUCCAGAGCCAACUCCAACUCCAACACCUUCUCCUGUAGAGACAACUGUCUCAGGUGAUAUAUCAACCACCCCUAUAUCUACAACCACAGAGAAGCCACUUCCGCCCACCCAAGAGUCCUGCCUGGUGUCGGGUGACCCCCAUUAUUACACUUUUGACAAGCAGACGCACCACUUCAUGGGCAACUGCACCUACACUCUCUCCCAACUGUGUGACCGAAACAACUCUCUGCUCCCCUACUUCAAUGUGGAAGCAAGCAACGAGCACCGAUGGGGCCACACACACGUCUCCUACGUGGAGAGUGUGGCCGUGGAUGUCCUGGGCAUCCGGGUCACCCUGGGAAAGGGAGGAAAGGUCACGGUCGAUGGGGAGCCAGUCGUCGUCCCCUCCACCCCAGUGCGGGGCGUGGAGAUCUUGCCCAGCGGCUUUUACACGAUGGUUUCUACGGAUUUUGGGUUGAGAGUCAAGUUUGACGGAGACCACCAGGUGGAAGUGUCCCUCCUCAGCACGUACAAGGGGAAGGUCUGCGGCCUGUGCGGAAACUACAACGGGGAUCCUACUGACGAUUUCCUCAACCCCCAUGGGGAAGCAGAGCCUGACUCCACCAGCUUGGGCAACAGCUGGCUGGUGGCCAACCUCACCAGCUGUUCCUCUGGAUCCGAUCCCGUCUGCACGGAGGAUGAGAAAGACACAGCCGAAAGCAGCGAUUUCUGUGGGCGCCUGACAGACAUCAAUGGGCCAUUCAGACCUUGCCAUAGCCUCUUGGAUCCAACGGGGCAUUUUGACAGCUGCCUUUAUGAUCAGUGCGCCCUGCACUUGGACCCAGGCUCCCUCUGCAGGAGCUUGCAGUCCUACGCAGACGCCUGCCGGUCCCUGGGAGUUGCCAUCGACCCCUGGCGGAACGCCACCUUCUGCCCUCCUCAAUGCCCACUCAACAGCCACUAUGAGCCGUGCGCCAAUGCCUGUCCAUCCACCUGCAAGAACCCAAAUGCUCCGGCCACAUGCGACCUGCCGUGCACGGAAGCCUGCGUGUGCGACUCCGGGUUCUUCCUCUACAAUGGCACCUGUGUGCCCAGCCAUCAGUGUGGGUGCUGGCACCAGGGGAAGCACUACCCAGUGGGCUCCAGCUUUUGGACCGAUGACACCUGUUCCACCAAAUGCAGCUGCCCCAGUCAAGGUGGCCAGCUCACCUGCUCUGCUGAUUCCUGCCCUAAACAUUAUUACUGCGGAGUCCAAAACGGUGUCCCCAACUGCUACCCACAUACAUACGGGGUCUGCCGCGUCCACAACGACCCUCAUUACAACACCUUUGACAAACAGACGCACCACUUCAUGGGCACCUGCACCUACACCCUGGCCAAGAUCUGCGCCAAUGAGACGGGGCUGCCCUACUUUAACGUGGAGGCCAAGAACGAAAACCGUGGGAAUCCCUCCGUCUCUUACGUCCAGCGGGUCCUGGUGGAGGUUUACGGGCACCGGAUUGAGAUCCUCAAAGGACGCAAGGAUCAAGUGCUGGUGGACAAAGUGCUGACCACGCUUUCUGUGCGCAAGCUGAACAACGCCCUGAGGGUGGACAUCGAUGGACGCUACGUCACCCUGGAAACGGAUUUUGGGCUGAUUGUAUCUUACGACACAGAUCACUCGGUGGAGAUCAGGGUCCCCACCACCUUCUUCAACAAGACCUGCGGCAUGUGUGGGAACUUCAACAACCUCAGGCAGGAUGACAGCAUGAUGCCCAAUGGAGAGCAAGCCCAGAACUCCAAUCAGCUGGGGAACAGUUGGCAGGUGCCCAACGCAGAGUACGACCCCCCUGAUUGUAAACCACCACCAACAUCACCACCUUGUCCCUCAGAGCUAAAGGAUCUCUAUGAGACCGAGGCCUAUUGCGGACAGCUGACCAGUAGCCAGGGUCCGUUGGCAGCUUGCCAUUCUGCAAUCAACCCCAACAGCUUCUUCCAGAGUUGCGUCUUUGACCUGUGUGAACUGAGUGGGUCCCAGCAGGCCUUGUGUGGGGCUUUGGAGGCGUACGCUGAUGCCUGCCAAAGAUCUGGCGUGCAGCUCCCCGACUGGAGGAAUGCCACUUCCUGCAGUGAGUAUUCACUUACAAUACCCUAA